UAUUUCCAAUAUUUACAUUUAAUUAUUAUUGCUUUAAUUAUUGGUAUUCAGUAAUUUAAUAAAUUUUAAUUGAAAAAAUAAAUUGUAAUUAAAUAUUUCUGAAUAACUUGUGUAAAAAUGAGUCGAUUUGGAGCACUAGGAGAUGAUUCUCUGUCUAUUAUGAGCAAAAAUACCAGUCUAAAUGGCAUUAACCCUCGUUGGGUGAACAAAAACUACAAUAGAAAGCGCGGGUUGUAUAAUAGAAUCGAAAACCGGGAUUUAGAGAUGGAGAAAUGGGACGGAAUUCGACCAAACCCAAUAUCCGGUCACGAUAAUCGAAGUGAAGAAUAUGAAAUUGGUGCGUACGGUUAUGGUAAAAAUAACAUCAAAUUAUUAUACGUAAAACGAGAAGACGCAUAUCGGCAUGAGAUACGAGAGUACGAAGUUGAUACACAUCUUCGUCUAAACUCACAGAAGGAUUACCUUGAGGGUGACAACCGUGAUAUUAUUGCAACAGACAGUCAGAAGAAUACAGUUUAUCUGCUUGCUAAAAAAUACGGGAUUAAAUCUCCGGAGGAGUUUGGAAUACUCUUGUGUGCUCAUUUUCUCUAUACUUACAAACAUAUAGAGGAAGUGCACGUCAACAUUGAAGAAUAUCCGUGGGUGCGGCAUCAAGUUGAUGGUGUACCUCACAAUCAUGCUUUUAUCUUCAAUCCUUCCACUAUUAGAUAUUGUCAAGUGACGCAAUUACGUAAUGAAUCUCCAAGAAUCCGAGGAGGCUUGAAAGACCUGAGAGUUUUGAAAACAACACAAAGUUCAUUCACGGAUUUCAUUCAAGAUGAAUACAGAACAUUGCCGGAUGCAAACGAUCGUAUAUUCAGUACUAUUAUCACUGCAUCAUGGGACUUUUCCACAGCAAAAGGUGUUGACUUUGAUAAAGUUUGGAAUACAGUUCGUGAUUGUAUUCUUCAAAAGUUUGCGGGGCCACCGUCAAAAGGCAUUUCAUCACCGAGUGUACAGAAUACACUUUAUCUAGCUGAGAGGUGCGUGCUGGAUAGAGUUGACCAGAUUUACAGUAUCGAGAUGCGAAUGCCAAAUAAACACUAUUUCGACCUCGACUUAAGUAAAUUUCCUAAACUUGUUGAGGGAGAAAAUAAAGAGGUUUACUUGCCUGUUGACAAGCCUUCGGGAAUUAUUUAUGCGCAACUGAACAGAAAAGACAUAUCUCCGAGGUUGUAGAGCUAAAAGGCGGAACAAAGCGAGUGAAACACGUAUCCGGAAUUGAAGAAAAUAAGGGGACUCAACGAGAAGUAGGUUCUCUACACGUAAUUGUUAGCCAACAUGUGUCAUACAUAAAUUAUUUUUAUUCAUAAUCUUUUUUGAUGAAUUGAAGAAAAUUUAUCGUAAAUUCUUUUGUAUUUAAACAAAAAAAAGACCCAGUGUAAUUGUAAAAAAAACGUUUAGAUUAAUUGCACAGUAUUGUAAUGUAAUUG